GUAAUCAAUUACGUAGUGUAUUUCGGUUUGGAAACUUGGUUUGGUUUGAGACGUGUCGGUUCGGUUCUGUAACUCUAUCACUAAGUAUGUCAUUAUAGUUAAUUAAUCACGCGCUUAGAAAAGCAAACUGUGGUCGGGUCCACCGGAAAAGAUCGAGACCGUCGAAUGUGGGAAACUGGAUCCUUUCCUCAACAGCUGUCUGAUCUGAUUGGUCGAUCCAGCUUGAUGGCAAUGAACUCCACAACAACCACAUCCAAUCCCAUUUCAUUAAAAAAAAUUUACACAUUAAAACAAGAAAGGUAAAAUUGACCGAUAGGUCGUUGAGUGGCAGUUACCCUCUAUCUCCAACGCCUUCCUCUUCCGCUCCGUCUCCUUCACGCUCCGGCUCAUCCCGUUCUCUGUGUCAACCACUCUCCCCUUCAGCGCGUGCGUCUUAAAAUUAACAGACAAAAGGUGGGCUGGGUCCACUAACGGCCCACACACGUGGCAUAGCCUUAAAGGGCUGUUAAUCCUCAUUAAAAUCUGACGGUUGAGCACGUACCCAGUUGUCAGAACCUUAUCAGUGAAUGGACGAUUAAUGUAAAACACACCUGUCAAGCGAACAGAAGUCGUGCAUCGUCGCUUUAUAAAAUCGCCGGCGAGUCAUACAAUCUCAGCCGACACUUUGAAUUCGCUUUCCAAAAACUCUAAUUUUCUCGCUUCAGUCAACCAUCAUCAAUGGUGAAGCCAUGAUGAUUUGAAAAAGAGUGAAGUUUCUGUUUAUUUUUUUUCUAUAAUUUCGUAGUAGUUUUCAUAAAUGGGGGAUUCCGACAAGGACUCCGGUGGAGGGCAAAACGGACAGUCUCCGUUGUCUCCCAGAGAGCAAGACAGGUUCCUACCGAUCGCUAACGUGAGCAGGAUCAUGAAGAAGGCCUUGCCAGCGAACGCCAAGAUAUCCAAAGAUGCUAAAGAGACGAUGCAGGAGUGCGUCUCUGAGUUUAUAAGCUUCGUCACGGGAGAGGCGUCGGAUAAGUGCCAGAAGGAGAAGAGGAAGACGAUCAACGGCGAUGAUUUGCUAUGGGCUAUGACCACUCUAGGGUUUGAGGAUUACGUUGAGCCGCUGAAGGUUUACUUGCAGAGGUUUAGGGAGAUCGAAGGGGAGAGGGCUGGAGUGGGGAGGCCACAGACAGGUGGUGAAGGUGGAGAGCAUCAGAGAGAUGCAGGUGUGGGCGAUGGCGGUGGAUUCUACGGUGGUGGGAUGCAGUAUCACCAGCAUCAUCAGUUUCUUCACCAACAGAACCAUAUGUAUGGUUCCACAGGCGGUGGUGGGGGUGACGGUGGAGGAGGAGCUGGCUCCGGUAGGACUAGAACUUAAAAGAGAUUGGUGAAAGAGGAGCUCUGUAUAUAGAUACACUUAUAAACAUGUAAAACUAUUUAAGUAUCAUCUUGGUUAUGUAAAACUAAACUUUGAGGCUAUGUAAAGAGAGAGCAAGUGUGUAUUUGAAACAAUAUGAUUAUUGAUUAGCUAACGGAUCUGCUCCGUUUAGUCUUGUAUUUAAACUAUUGGAUUUGAAUGAAAAUAUUCUCAUUUGGGA